AUGGGGCCACUGCUACUGCUGGUCCCGCGGCCACUGCAACUGCUGGUCCUGCGGCCACUGCUACUGCUGGUCCUGCGGCACUGCUACUGCUGGUCCCGCGGCCACUGCUACUGCUGGUCCUGGGGCCACUGCUACUGCUGGUCCUGCUGUUACUGCUGCACUGCAGGUUUUGCUGCUACUGCUGGUCGUGCGGCCACUGCUACUGUUGCUGCUACUGCUGGUCGUGCGGCCACUGCUACUGUUGCUGCUACUGCUGGUCUUGCGGCCACUGCUACUGUUGCUGCUACUGCUGGUCGUGCGGCCACUGCUACUGUUGCUGCUACUGCUGGUCGUGCGGCCACUGCUACUGUUGCUGCUACUGCUGGUCUUGCGGCCACUGCUACUGUUGCUGCUACUGCUGGUCGUGCGGCCACUGCUACUGUUGCUGCUACUGCUGGUCUUGCGGCCACUGCUACUGUUGCUGCUACUGCUGGUCUUGCGGCCAUUGCUACUGUUGCUGCUACUGCUGGUCGUGCGGCCACUGCUACUGUUGCUGCUACUGCUGGUCGUGCGGCCACUGCUACUGUUGCUGCUACUGCUGGUCUUGCGGCCAUUGCUACUGUUGCUGCUACUGCUGGUCGUGCGGCCACUGCUACUGUUGCUGCUACUGCUGGUCGUGCGGCCACUGCUACUGUUGCUGCUACUGCUGGUCUUGCGGCCAUUGCUACUGUUGCUGCUACUGCUGGUCUUGCGGCCACUGCUACUGUUGCUGCUACUGCUGGUCGUGCGGCCACUGCUACUGUUGCUGCUACUGCUGGUCGUGCGGCCACUGCUACUGUUGCUGCUACUGCUGGUCUUGCGGCCACUGCUACUGUUGCUGCUACUGCUGGUCUUGCGGCCAUUGCUACUGUUGCUGCUACUGCUGGUCGUGCGGCCACUGCUACUGUUGCUGCUACUGCUGGUCUUGCGGCCACUGCUACUGUUGCUGCUACUGCUGGUCUUGCGGCCAUUGCUACUGUUGCUGCUACUGCUGGUCGUGCGGCCACUGCUACUGUUGCUGCUACUGCUGGUCGUGCGGCCACUGCUACUGUUGCUGCUACUGCUGGUCGUGCAGCCACUGCUACUGUUGCUGCUACUGCUGGUCUUGCGGCCACUGCUACUGUUGCUGGUGUUUCUGCUUACUCCUGUUAUUGUUCUGCUACUGCUAGUCCGCAGAGACUACAGCUUUACUGCUGCUCUUUUGCAGGGACUUCAGCAUAA